AUGUCUUCAAGAUUCUCUACUAUUCUUCCAAGCAUAGUUCAACUAGCAUAUCGUCCCGUCAACUCAGUCAAUGGAGAAAUUCGUUUGGUCGAGCUAGCGCCCGGACAAAACGACGAACCUUUCUGCUUCUCCAUACAUACGAAGCAGUUACACGAGACGGUCGAAUACGAAGCACUUUCGUAUGUCUGGGGAAAGGAUGCAUGUCGACGCCGAGUUCUAGUCAAUGGCGUGCCGCUUCCAAUCACAGAGAACCUGGACCGAGCCCUACGUCGACUUCGAUAUAGCGACCGAUCUCGGAUGCUAUGGAUUGACACGUUAUGCAUCAAUCAAGGAGACAUGCAAGAGCGUUCAGAUCAGGUUCAACAUAUGGCCAUGAUCUACAAGUCUGCUAAAGAGGUCAUCAUCUGGCUCGGCGAAUGGACCGACUCGAACGGAUGCCCGGACCCUGAGAAAUGUCGCCUCUGCAUCCUGCAUAUGUACAGUAGCGACGAGCUGUCUCUAAAAGCCCCACCAAAUACCUUGGAUAUUUGUUCGCAUCCAUUUGAACACUUUUUCGAGAUCUGUAGGCUUCCUUGGUUCUAUCGAGUUUGGACCAUUCAGGAAUUCAUCCUGUCUACAUCAGACCCUAUAGCACAGAUAGGAUCUGACUCCGUUCGCCUUUCGCAUCUGCUUGACCUCGUCCUUGACAUAGAACAGCUACUAAACUUUCAUAAAGAGGAGCUGAGUUCCAGUGUCUAUGCAGCCCUGGAAAAAGAAGUGUCAGAUGUUACGCACAAGCUAUGCGCUCUUCGGUACCUCAGGACGAACGAACAUUCAAGACUUUUCUACUCAUGUCUAUUCACAUCCAGGAUCGCCAUGGCUACGGAUCCGCGCGAUAAAAUCUUUGGCUUGCUUGGCAUCUGCGAGUUCCGUCAUUCUGAGCCAAUAACGGCAAGUUACAACAAGACUGUGCAGCAGGUUUUCACGUAUGCUACUUUCAUAGCCAUACAAGAGCGCCUCGCGUUUCCAUUCUUCCAUUUUGCGCUGCAUCCACCAUCGGGAGUUGCCAAGAUUGCAGGUAUGCCCUCAUGGGCGAUAGACUUUUCUCUGCCCUCUCGACUUUUUGCUUUGAGAGAGGAGCGGUACUCGCAUCUUCCCCAGGAAAUCGGGUAUCUUCAUGAAUUCGAGAUGUUUGAGCGUCGUGAUAACAUCAUGUUCCGAUGGGAUCCAAUUUGGUCAACAAUGUCUUUGCGCGUGUCCGAAGAUGGUGGAACACUUUUCACGCAUGGUCGAUUCGUCGGUACGGUCGCUGCUAGCUUUCAAAACAUAGCAAAAGUCAAAGACCCUUGGUCUGGAUGGAACCUUGAGGAUGAUUGGAAGAGAAUACAUCAGUUUUACACCACGUUCAUGCGACCAAAGAAUAUUUCGCUUGUCCAGCUCAUCAAGGCUCUUUCCCUACGUUUGUGGCCAGAUGAAAUGGAAGAGGUAAUGAGGAAGGAGCUAGUGAAGUCUGGGACACCGAACUUCUCUCGAUUGAACGGGAAUGACCUGAAGCAACGGACCCUACUCGUUACUGAAGAAGGACACGUUGGUGUCUCCUACCACUACGACCCUGUCGGGAUUCAAGCAAACGAUAUCUUGGUGUGCAUUUUGGGCAUACAGGUACCAUUUGUACUCAGGCCAGUUCCAGAUACCCUGACAUACACAAUUAUCAAUGUCGCGUAUGUACCCGGAUGUGGUGAUGACAUAUUGUGUGCAUCAAAGGAUCUAGGCGAGGAAUUAGGUUGGUCAGACUUCUCAUACGAAGAGGGUUCAAAGGAGUAUGCAAUUGUUUAG